GAUGUUUGAGACAGACUCACCUGCAGCGCGAAACUGGGAUGGAAGUGAAAACUUACGAUUUGCAAUUACUAUGUUUGUUUUUCAGAUAAAAAACCCACAUUAAAAUCAAAUAAACAGGGUUAUAUCCUCUCGGUGCUAAAGGAUCAUGUAAAACAGGUUGGAAUGCUAGUUUCUUGCGGUUUCUCCAGCAGACACCUGCGCGCGCGUCGGUGAGUUUCGCUGUAGGUGAGGACAAAAGGCCGCCUGCAUGACACAUGAGCGGCAACACGGAGGACUGACAGCGGUCAGUUUGACAAAUACAUCGUAUGACAUGGAGCCACUCAGGUCUGGGGGGAGAAUUCCGGACUAUGGCUUGGACCAGACAGAGCAGUUUCUUCCAGCAUCAGAUGCAAAGAAGUUGCAGAAGAAGAGGGUAUCGUUUAGGGCGAUCGUGGCAAUAGGUCUACCCACGGCACUGGCAAUCAUUGCAUUAGUAACUGGACUGCUAGUGUGGCAUUUCCAUUACAGGUAUAAUGGGAGGGUGAGGAAGUUGUUCAGUGGUUAUUUGACCAUCUCCAGUCAGACGUUCUCAGAUGCUUAUGAAAACAGUAACACCACUGAAUAUAAAGAACUGUCUUCAAGGGUCUCAAGGCAGCUCAAAGGUAUAUACGGUCAAGUGCGCUUGUUGUCAAGGUACCAUGUGGGGUCCAGUGUGCAAGGUUUCAGUAGUGCAAGUAAUAAUGGUAUCAUCGCUUAUUACCUGUCUGAGUUUAAUGUGCCAGAGUCCCAAGUAUCUGCUGUGGACGAGGCCAUGGCAUCCCUGGAUGGGGUGGGAAAUGCAAGGAAAAGCCGGAGGGGGUUUGGUCGCAGGACUGACAAUAGCCUCAUUAUUGACGGCAUGACAUCAGGAGCUGUGGAUGCUCGGUUAGCUAGCAGAAACCUCAAACGAUCUGUUAAGACAUCUCAUCAUGCUCAUGGGAACCAGACAGACAUUAUCCGGUCUCCAGGUUUUCCCGAUUCCACCUACCUUCCCAACCUUUACACCGAGUGGCAGAUUCGGGCUGACCCAGAGCACAGGAUCAGAUUGGAGUUUGACGUGCUAGACUUGGAGAAAGAUUGUCGUAAUGAUUUCAUCAAAGUGUACGACUCAUUAGCACCUUCAGAGAAGCAAGUCAUAGUGGAGAAAUGUGGAUAUCGUUUACCUGAUGAGAAGCUAGUUUUCAUCUCCUCUGGGAAUGUCAUGCUGGUUACGCUGGUUACAAAUGAGGAGAAAAACUUCCCAGGCUUCAGGGCAUUUUAUUCUCAGAUUCCAGCCAAAAUUCAAGACUGUGGAGGGAGACUGACGGGGAUUCGUGGUACCUUCACAUCACCUGGCUAUCCCUCUCAUUACCCACCUCAGACUGACUGUGUCUGGAACAUUGAGGUUCCAUCAGGAAAGCAUAUCAAGGUGAAGUUUGACAAGUUGUCUAUACAUAGCCCUGAACAAAACACCAUCAGCUGUCCUGCAGACUACUUGGAGAUAAACUACAGGAUAUGUGGGGAGAAGCCACCCAAAACUGUGUACACAAUUAAAUCAAACCAAGCUACAGUAAGAUUUCAUUCUGACAUGUCUUACGUGAGCGAGGGCUUUUCUGCAGAGUUUGAGGCCUUUGAACCCACUAAUCCCUGCCCUGGGAGUUUCCAGUGUGACAAUGAUCUGUGUGUGUCCCCUAACCUGCAAUGUGAUGGCUACAAUGAUUGUGGAGAUAUGAGCGAUGAGAGGGGCUGCGCAUGUAAUGAGACUCAAAUAAAAUGCAAGAACGGCUUCUGCAAGCCCAGUUUCUGGCGCUGUGAUGGGGUGAAUGAUUGCGGAGAUAACACUGAUGAGGAAAACUGUGGGAACUGCAAAGCUCAAGAGUUUAGAUGUCGAAACGGCCGCUGCAUCCCAGGACAGAAGCAGUGUAAUGGCUACAAUGACUGUGGCGAUGGCUCAGAUGAAUCUCAGUGUGAGAAAUCCAUAGCUGUUCACUGCUCUGAUCUCACAUAUAAGUGCAAGAAUAACCAGUGCAUUAGCAAGCUGAACCCUAUGUGUGAUGGAGAGACUGACUGUGCGGAUGGUUCGGAUGAAGCUGAAUGCAAAUGCGGAAUCAAGGGAUGCAAGUCCAUUCGUGUCUGUUGGGUGUUGUGGGUUGGAAGGGAUGGAGUGUGGGAGUGUGGGGUUGGCAUGUAAGUGUAGACAUGAGUUCAUGUGUUUGUGUGGUCUGUUAUCAGUAACCGCUGGCUGGUCACUGCUGCUCACUGCGUGCAGGACAAUGAAAAGUUCAAAUAUUCCCAGCCUGACCAGUGGGAAGUCUAUCUAGGUCUACUUAACCAGGGUGAGACUAGUAAGUCCACCCUAAAACGGGUAAAGCGCAUCAUUUCUCACCCUCACUAUGAUCACUUGAGCUAUGACAAUGACAUCGCGCUGAUGGAGUUGGACAGCCCUGUAACUCUCAGCCAGAACAUCUGGCCUGUCUGCUUACCUGAAGCCACACAUGACUUCCCAGCAGGCAAAUCGGUCUGGAUCACUGGCUGGGGCAAACUGAGAGAGGAAGUUGGUAAGUCAUUGUUUGAGUAGGUGUUGGUGAGGGUUGUUGUGAGCACUGUGUGCAGCAGGCUGAUGGAUGAUGGGAUAACACCACGCAUGAUCUGUGCAGGUGUAUUGAGUGGAGGUGUUGACGCUUGUCAGGGUGACUCAGGUGGUCCGAUGACUUCCACUGAGAGCAAUGGCCGCAUGUUUCUUGCUGGCGUGGUGAGUUGGGGAGAUGGCUGCGGCCGCAGGAACAGGCCUGGCAUUUACACACGCGUCACAGAAUACCGCAGCUGGAUCAGGCAGAUGACAGGGGUAUAAUGUCACAAUAGUGACAAGAAAUGGACU